GCACCCCAGUCACAAGUGGAAAACAUCAUGGAGCUGACUUGUUCCACUCUGAUCCAGCACCUGGGCUCUGGAGGCGCUCUCAUAGGAGAAACUAGAUAGCAGCCUUCGGUUGCGAGAGUAAACAAGACCCCGCCCUGUAACGGGAAGCUGUGGUCAAUCUUUAUUCCGGAACCUAGCGCCAUUUCCCGUACCCUGGGAGCAGGGCUGGGACUUCACUCCGCCCUUGCCCUUUCUUGAGACCGGUGUGUACAGAAUGGGACCCCCUUUUCUGAGGACAUCCGGGCCUGUGAGGACCGCUGGGCUUGUGGAGACCGUAGGCGAGCUGGUUGCCCACCGCCGCGGAGUUGUCCUGGUCGGCGUUCUGCUGCUGCUCGCUCCGGAGACCUGGGGUCAGUGCACAGCCCCAGCACGAUUUCAGUUUGCCAGACUUAUAAAUCGAACUGAUGAAUCCACGUUUCCCAUUGGGAGCUCUCUGAUGUAUGAAUGCCGCCCUGGAUAUUUUAAGAGACGGUUCUCCAUUGCCUGCCAACAAAACUCGGUCUGGACAAGUGCUGAAAACAUGUGUAUACGCAAACCAUGUAGCACUCCUUCAGAUCCUCAAAAUGGCAUGGUACAUGUAAACACAGACACCAAGUUUGGAUCCAGUAUUAAUUAUACUUGUAAUACAGGAUACCGGCUCAUUGGUUCCUCCUCUGCUGUAUGCAUCAUCUCAGACCAAACUGUCACUUGGGAUAGUGAAACACCUCUUUGUCAGAAGAUUCCUUGUGAGCAACCACCGGCCAUUACCAAUGGAGAUUUCCUCAGCCCCACCAGAGAAGAUUUUCAGUUUGGAACAGUGGUGACCUAUCAAUGCAACCUUGGAGUAAGGGGAGAGAAGCUCUUUGAACUGGUGGGUGAACCCUCUAUAUACUGUACCAGCAAUGACGGUCAAGUUGGUGUCUGGAGUGGGCCUCCCCCUCAGUGCAUUCAACGGAACAAAUGUAUACCUCCCUUCAUUGAAAAUGCAGUCAUGGUAUCUGAAAACAAAAGCUUGUAUUCUUUACGGGAUAUUGUGGAAUUUAGAUGUCAGCCUGGCUUCAUCAUGAAAGGACCCAGCAGCGUGCAGUGCCAGGCCCUAAGCAAAUGGGAGCCAGAGUUACCAAGCUGUGUCAAGGUGAAAUCCUGUGAUGCUUUCCUGGACAAACUUCCUAAUGGACAUGUGAUAUUGCCACCGAAUCUCCAGCUUGGGGCCAAUGUGUCCUUUGUUUGUAAUAAAGGGUUUCAAUUAAAAGGCAGUCCUGCUAGUCAUUGCAUUCUAGCUGGAACAGAAAGCAUUUGGAAUAGUAGUAUUCCUGUGUGUGAAGAAGUGAGAUGUAACCUCCCACAGUUUAUGAAUGGAAUCUGGAAGGAGUUGGAAAUGAGAGAAGAAUAUCACUAUGGAGAUAAUGUAACUUUGGAGUGCGAGGAUGGGUAUACUCUGGAUGGUAGUCCUCAUAGCUGGUGCCAGAUGGAUGGCAAUUGGAACCCUCCUCUGGCCAAAUGUAUAUCUCAAGUGAGAUGUAACCUCCCACAGUUUAUGAAUGGAAUCUGGAAGGAGUUGGAAAUGAGAGAAGAAUAUCACUAUGGAGAUAAUGUAACUUUGGAGUGCGAGGAUGGGUAUACUCUGGAUGGUAGUCCUCAUAGCUGGUGCCAGAUGGAUGGCAAUUGGAACCCUCCUCUGGCCAAAUGUAUAUCUCGAUCCCAGACUGCUCUUGUAAUUGGCAUUUUAUUUGGGAUAGUGUUCUUUAUUUUAUUCGGUACUGUUUCCUAUUGGAUGAUUCAAAAGUAUAAAAAAGGCAAUACCACAGAUGAAAAAUAUAAAGAAGAUAACCAUUUACAGCCUCCAGAGGACAACUGUGUUCACCCUCAAGCUCUGCUAAACAAGCCAUGCAAACAGCAGGUUCCACUAGCCCUGCUUGGAAUUCACUCUCAAGAAACUUCCCAAAUAGCUGCAGUGCAAAAAGAUGGCUCUCUCUGAAACUCACAGCAUUUCCUGCCUGUAUCACUUUUAAAAUAAACUAUUUUCUUCCACUG